UCGCGUUCGUCUGUCGCUCAUAAAAUAUGGCGUCGUAGGAAGUCUGUUGUUGUCCGAAAGAAAGUGGCAACAUACGGAUAUGCAAAUAACCACGCGUUUAGUGGCAAAACCUACCGGUUGAUCGGUAGAUAGUCUGACAGUGGUUAUGUUGAGAUCAACAGGGUUCUUUCGUGGGAUUGACUGCCCGUUUUACUGUCAGAAUAAUAAUGGGAAAUCAGGUGCUGAUGGGUGCAGCAGACCAUACUGUCACUUCAGGCACAGCAGACAAAGACGAGGCUCCUCUGGGAUAUACGACAUCAAAAAGACUAAAGCGCUUUCAUCGAAUCAAAACGAUCAAGAAUAUGAUCCAUUUAGUCCAGAGGUUGUAAGACCAAGAGAGCAGUAUAAUGGCGAGCCACCGUCGACGGGUCAGGAUGUGGACCUGGGUACAGCAGAGCUGGAGCUGGUCAAUCGGGCCAUUGAGGCUGUUCGCAGUGAGUUGGAAAGAGACAAGAAGAAGCUAUCUCAAAUCGGAGAUCAGGAAUAUGAGCCCACCACAAGCUCUGUCAAGAGACACAAACCCCCAGUACCGUCCCAUGAGGGCUAUGAUCCUGGGAGCUAUCAAAUGGACCAGGCGAGUGAAUACACCCCAUCCCCUCACUCCAGUAAAUACACUUUGGACACCGAGAACACCAAUGCCAAUGCGUUGGAGUAUGUGCCCACUGCUGUCUCCAAAUCAAAUAUUAAGAAGCUUACACCUCGGCCACCGUCCCACGCCAAGUGUAAAUACACCCUGGAUACUUCCAAACCAACAACAGAUAUGGAGUAUGAUCCUCUGUCGAACUAUUCGGCUAAGCCAACCAUUAAAGAACAAAAGACUUUGGCUUUAGCGGGACAGAGGAGAAAGAGAUUGUACUCUGAAAAACAAGGGGAAGCUGAGGAAUAUGUCCCAACUGUGAAGAAACCGAAGUCGUCGUUUACUAAAGCAGAUGUCCCAAAAUACACUGCAAGCUUCUCUGAAUCUGAUGAGGAAAGUUCUGGGACGGAGUAUCGCCCGGUGAAUGUAAGUCGUCUAAAGCACAACAGGAUUAAUAUUGGCUUGCCAAAGUCAAGUGCAAUGGGACAACAGAAAAAACAAAUAUCUAAAACAGACGCUUACUUUUCACCUUGCGAAUCGGAUGAUACAGAGUCUCAGGAUGUGAACAGGACAAACAAAAAGACAGACAAAAAGGUGUCUGCGAGUCAGACCAAAACUAAUAAAACAGAUAAAGUUAAAAAAGAGAACAAAGACUCCAAUAAGAAGAGUCAAAAAGAACAACAGGACAGUUCAAGUGUGGACAAGACGUCAAAGAGUUCAAGUAAAAAAGACAACAGUCAAAGUAAGAACAUUGAGGGAAGCAGUAAAUCCAAGGAAAAGUCACAUAAAGACAAAUCGGCGUCGAAGAGCGCUGAGGAAAAAGACAAGAAGGUAGUAAAAAUAAAGACUGAAAGUAGCCACAAGGAAAAAAAUAAAUCAAGUGACGGCAUUAAGAAACCCAAAAUGGACAAGCCUGUCAAAACAGAUAAGGUGUUAUCCAAAAUCAAAGACCAGAAGAAUGGAAAACUCGAGAGCGGCUCAAAGGAGAAGGACAAAAAGAAGAGCAGCAGCAGCAACACUAAGGAUAAAAGUAAAAAAAGCAUCUCAGUUCUUGACCACAAAGAGGCAAAGAAGACCAAACAGAGGAAUCUGAGCCACGUGGACUUGUUCGGCGCUGACAGUGCUGAAGAGGAAGAUGAGGAAGACGAGAGGAUUGUGAGGAAGUCGGCUUCUGCUUUUAAGCGAGGAGGCCUCGUCAAUAAUAAGAGGAAAAGCUCUUCGUCAUCAGAAGAUGAUUCUGAAGUGGAUGAAGAUGAUGGUGGUGUGGAUACAGAGGACUUCUCCUGUCUUCAGGAUGUGAUGGAGUACGACUCGGACCCCAUGGAGGAGUGUCUGCGGAUAUUUAAUGAAUCCAAGGAAGUGAAGAUGGAAGACAAAGGGAGACAAGCUAAGCAGCCUUCAAGGGAAACAGAGGAGGAAGACGAAGAAACAGAAAGCACUUUAACUACACUUUUUCCUGGCCAGAAGAAGAGGGUGUCUCAUUUUAAAGCUCAAGGAAAGUCUGAGACGACGAUGAACUCAGUGCCGAUGCAGCAGCGGAGGAUGACAGCACAGGAGAUCUGUUACCAGCGCAUGCAGAAAGCACAGCAGCAGGCAGCACAGCUAGCGGAGGCUGUAAAGACUGCAUCUGCAUCCGCAUCCAGCAACCCAGUGCUGGGAAUCUCUGGAGAGAAACGACGGGUGGCACACCGACCAAAUGCCUCCCUGCCCUCCUCAAAGCCUGCUGACGCCAGCAGUCGGGUGUUGUCACCCACAAGGGUGGUGACAGAUCAGCUUUCAGUAAAAGCUCAAACAUCGGCGGGUAUCCUGUCAAAGACCAUAUCUACUACAGUGCAGAAAAGAGUGGCUCACACACCCACUCUGAAGAGCUCUACCAUGAAGAGACCUGUCAUUCCUACUGAAUUCGGGGCCAAGGUGCCCACCAUUGUCCGCCAGCGUUACCUUAACAUCUUCAUCGAUGAGUGCCUGAAGUUCUGCUCCUCUGAACAGGACGCUUUCCAAUUAGCUCUUGAGGAAGAGAAGGUGGUUUAUGACAGAAGCAGCAGUAAAAACAUCUACCUGAAUGUGGCUGUGAACACGGUGAAGAAGCUCCGCAGCAGAAGCACGCCUGCGUCUCCUGUCACCAAGAGCCCGGCUGUAUCUGUGAACAAAAAAGCUCAGUCUCAUGAAGAAGUUCUUGGCGGACGGCUCGCUGCCACAACCAGCUUCACUAUUAACCGCUCCGGCAAACAGCAUGAUGUCAACCCUAAAGGUGCCAUUCUCUACAAGAAACUAAGAAAAUAUGCCAUGACAGAAGAGCAGCUGCAGGAGCACGGCUACCCUCUGCCUCAUCCAGAGAUAUCAGGACACGCUGUCGUCCAUAACCUACCAGAGAAGAAAAACAAUGACCCUUUUUCCAAAAUUUGCUGUCGAUGUGGAGCUGAGUAUAAGGUGAACUCUAACGGCAGCUGUGUGCGUAAAGAGGAGUGCAGUCAUCACUGGGGCAGGUUACGCAGAAACAGAGUUCCAGGAGGUUGGGAGACACUUUACAACUGCUGUUCAGGUGCGGUCGGCUCUCCUGGAUGUGAAGUGUGUAAACAACAUGUACAAGAUGGCCGAAAGGAAUCUUUGGAUGGUUUUGUAAAGACUUUUAGCAAGCCCUUGCCAGUAGAUGGUAAUGCCGGCGUCUACGCCUUGGACUGUGAAAUGUGCUACACAAAGCAAGGUCUGGAGCUGACCAGAGUGACCGUCAUUAACUCUGAACUCAAGGUGGUCUAUGACACUUUUGUCAAACCAGGGAGCAGAGUGGUGGAUUACAACACACGGUUUUCAGGUGUGACUGCGGAUGAUCUGGAAAACACCACCAUCAGCCUGCGGGAUGUCCAGGCGGUGCUGCUCAGCAUGUUCAGUGCAGACUCCAUCCUCAUCGGACACAGUCUAGAGAGCGACCUGUUUGCGCUCAAGCUCAUUCACAGCAUGGUUGUAGACACCGCUAUUGUGUUUCCUCAUCGUCUGGGCUUGCCCUACAAACGUGCUCUGCGUAACCUUAUGGCCGACUACCUCAAACGCAUCAUCCAGGACAACGUGGGAGGGCAUGACUCCAGCGAGGAUGCCAGGGCCUGCAUGGAGCUCAUGAUCUGGAAAAUCAAAGAGGAUGCCAAGGUGAAGAGAUGACCUCUGACCCUGACUUUUUUUUCUCUCUCUCUGUCUCUUUCUCUCUUUCUCUCUCUCUCUGUCCAUAUUACGACUCGCAAUGAUUGUCAAUGAACAGAGAGUCAAAGAGGAAGAGUCACUGGAGCUCUUCAUAAUGGGCUGCGCGUCACUUGGGUCGGAUAAACUGCAUCUGAGUAAAUCCUGCAGUCUAAAUGAGGGGCAAAGAAGUAGAAGGACUGACACAAAGCAGAGGAGAUUGCAGAGCCCAGAUCAUCACGGCUCCUAGCAACCCCGAGCUAACAAGCAAUCCUAAUUCCCACCAUGCUAAAACAGACCUUGUUAUGACCAUUAUCAUCAGCAGAAGUGGGCAUAGAUU